GGGCCAGUCUAUAUGGCAGUAAUGAUUCAAACUCCGCUCAUUCAAUCACUGCAUCCUCUUGCAGAUUAACUGUUAACUUGGCAGUCCUCCUGCCUCAUUGUGGGCCAGGACAAAGUGCAAAAUACUGUCACCAGCAUGCAUAGUGGCUCUGGGGCAGAAGUGUGGAGGACGCAGACCCUUCAUGUAGAUGUCACCCCUUUUGAUUCCUUCUUCUAAUUUUUCUUUUUUUUCUUUAAGAAAAAUGAUGCCCUCUUGAAUGCUUUAAAGUAGUCAAAAUGGAUUCGCUGGAGUUAUACAGCAAGGGGGAAAGCGUGUGGAUUCCUGACCCAGAUGCAGUUUGGAUGUCAGCGCUGCUCCUCCAGGACUACAGUCCUGCAGACAAACAUCUCCUGCUGCAGCUCUCUAAUGGAAAGGAAGUCCAAUACCCAGUGGCGUCCCCCUCCGACCUCCCACCACUGGGAAACCCCGACAUCCUGGAGGGGGAAAAUGAUCUAACAGCUCUCAGCUUCCUCCAUGAACCUGCUGUCUUGCACAACCUGCGGGUUCGAUUCCUGGACUACAGCAGCAUUUACACAUACUGUGGUAUUGUGUUAGUGGCCAUCAAUCCCUAUGACCAACUGCCUAUAUACGGAGAGGAGGUGAUCGAUGCUUACAGCGGUCAGGACAUGGCCGACAUGGAGCCUCACAUCUUUUCUGUGGCCGAGGAGGCCUACCGCACCAUGACCAGGGAGGAGAAAAACCAGUCUAUCAUCAUCAGUGGAGAGUCUGGCUCGGGGAAAACAGUCUCAGCCAAAUUCACCAUGCGAUACUUUGCUGUGGUUGGAGGAGCAGCACAGCAGACCAGUGUGGAGGAGAAGGUUCUGGCCUCCAACCCUAUAAUGGAGUCUAUCGGAAAUGCUAAAACCACUCGAAAUGACAACAGCAGUCGUUUUGGGAAGUACAUCGAAAUUGGCUUUGGCAGAAAAGGGGACAUCAUUGGGGCAAACAUGAGGACAUAUCUCCUGGAGAAGUCAAGGGUUGUCUUCCAAGCAUCAUCAGAGAGGAACUACCACAUCUUCUACCAGCUGUGUGCCUCCAGAGAUUUACCUGAAAUGAGAUCCUUUAAACUUGAUGCACCUGAGUGUUUCCGCUACACCAGCCAGGGAGGAGAGAUGGAGAUUCCUGGUACUGAUGAUUUGUCAGACAUGGAGCGCACUCGCAAUGCUUUCACCAUUCUGGGUGUGCAGCCUGACCAACAGAUGGAGCUCUUCAGGAUCCUGGCAGCUGUUCUGCAUCUGGGAAAUGUCAACAUUCAAGCCAGUGGGAAAGCUUCUGACAGGAGUUACAUUGAUGCAAACGAUGGCUCUCUGGCUGUCUUCUCCAAGCUGUUAGGAGUAGAAGGACCUCAGAUGGCCCACUGGCUCUGUCAUCGCAGACUGGUUGUAGGGGGGGAGAUGCUGGUCAAACCCAUGUCUGGUCAGCAGACUGUAGAAGCCAGAGACGCAUUGGCCAAGCACAUCUAUGGCCAGCUGUUUUCAUGGACUGUGCAGAGGCUAAACUCUGCUCUGCGCUCCCAGAGGGGGCAGGUCAGAUCCUUCACAGGUGUGCUAGACAUCUAUGGGUUUGAGACCUUUGACCGGAACAGUUUUGAGCAGUUCUGUAUAAAUUACGCAAAUGAAAAGCUGCAACAGCAGUUCAACAGGCACGUGUUUCACUUGGAGCAGGAGGAGUACAUCCGGGAAGAGCUGGCCUGGAGCAGGAUCGAGUUCAGUGACAAUCAGCAGUGCAUCAAUCUCAUAGAGGGGCAACUGGGCCUGUUUGAUCUAUUAGACGAGGAGUGCAGGAUGCCCAAAGGUUCAGAUGAGAGCUGGGUGCGCAAGCUGUGUGACCAGCACCUGAACAGCAAGCCCCACCCUCACUUCCGGAAACCUCGGAUGUCCAGCAGUGCCUUCAUCAUCCUGCACUUUGCUGACACGGUGCAGUAUGAAUGCGAAGGCUUUUUAGACAAGAAUCGAGACACAGUCUUUGAGGAGCUCAUUAACAUUCUCAGAGCCAGUCAGGUUGGCAUGCAUGCAGUAUUAAAUUUCAUGAAUUUGUUUAUCUUCUAUGUGACCAGGGCAUCACUAACUUGUUUCUGUGUGUGUCAGUCUGAGCUGGUGGCAGAGUUGUUCCAGCAGCAGGGAAAUGUGACUAAUGGAAGUGUUCGCUCAGGUAAAAGGGCCACCAGAGAACAUAAACUGACAGUGGGCUUCCAGUUCCGUCAGUCCUUACAGAUGCUCAUGGACACUCUCAACAGCACCACGCCUCACUAUGUCCGCUGCAUUAAGCCCAACGACCUCAAACAACCUUUUUUGUUUGACCCCAGGAGGACAGUCCAACAGCUGAGAGCCUGUGGGGUUCUGGAGACAAUUCGCAUCAGUGCUGCAGGUUAUCCAUCCAGAUGGACGUAUGAGGAGUUCUUCAGUAGGUACCGCCUUCUGCUUCGAGGUCCUCAGAACCAGGAGCAGGCCCAGGCCUUGUGCAGACAGGCCCUGCCUGAGCUCAUCCCAGACCAGGACCAGUACUGCUUUGGAAAGACCAAAGUAUUUUUUCGAGCCGGUCAGGUGGCUCUUCUGGAGAGGCUGAGAGCUGAGAGGCUGCGUGCUGCUGCUGAGAUCAUCCAGAGUCGAGUCAGAGGGUGGCUGGCACGAGUUAGAUACACCAGGAUCUGCUGGGCAACUGUCACCAUACAGAGAUACUGCAGAGGAGCUCUGGCCAGGCGGUUGGCUCUGACUCUGCGCUACUCCAAGGCUGCUUUAGUAAUCCAGAAGACCUACCGCAUGGUGGUGGUCAGGCAGUUGUUCCUCAUGAUCCGACAGGCUACUGUGACCAUCCAGGCCUUCACCAGAGGCGCACUGGCACGACGUAGAUACAGACUGGUGGUGGCGGAGCGUGCUGCUGUGUUACUCCAGGCGAGAGUGCGUGGAUGGUUGGCGAGGCAGGCGUACAAGCGAGUGCGUGCGGCGGUGGUGUUCAUGCAGUGCUGCUUGCGCCGCAGAGCAGCCAGGAGAGAGCUGUUGAAACUAAAGACUGAGGCCCGCUCAGUGGAGAGAUACAGAGAGCUCAACAAGGGCAUGGAAGUCAAACUGAUACAGCUGCAGCUGAAAGCAGACCAGGCGGGCAGGGAGAGUGCGGCUUUGAGAGACACCCUGCAUGCAGAGCGAGAGGCCGCCAGUGCCGAGCUGGAGGCUUUGAAGACAGUGAUACAGGAACUAGAGAGCGAAAAACUCGAGAAGCCUCAGCCCAUCCCCAUCAUCAGCGAGAUCGAGGCGGAGGAAAGGAGAAGAGCCGAGGAAAAGGCUGCCCAGGAGAUUCUUCAACUCAAACAAGAAUUGCAAGCCCUGCAGAGAGAAAAGGACAAUUUUUGCAGAGAGACAGAGGAUCUGUCUGCUCGCCUACUUGAACAAGGAAAAGCACAAGAAGAGUGUAUGCGUGAGGCUGUGUCUCAGGCGAGUGCAGCUCUGAGGGCAGAGUUGGAUGAGGAGAGAAGAAAGUAUCAGGGUCUCCUGAGAGAGUUCACCAGACUGGAGCAACGAUACGACAACCUCAGGGAGAUGAGUCUGCUCACUGAGCGCACCAAGGGCCACAGUAGGACAGACUCCACCCAGAGUCUCAGCUUGGAGCCUCCAUCCCCGACUCUGCUGUCACCCCAGUCCCUCACCCCGCUCUCCCUUUCACCCUUCUCCUCUGCCUUCCCUUCCCCGGAGGAGGUCCGCAAGGUCAGCGUGACAUCUCCCUCCUUCGAGAGGAGAAUCUGUGCGUGGAACUCUGAAUCACCAAUGGACCACCUGAUGGAGCAGAUGGAUGUGGCCAAAGAUCCGACAGUGAAGAUGAAAGGAGAGGACUUGGCACAUGCUUAUGAUGCUGUGCGAGUGGCCAACAAGUUUCUGGAGAGCCAGCUGCGAGGCCAACGCAGUCAGUGGGAGGAGGAGGUGGAGGCUCUGAGGCGGCGGCUUAGUGAAGUGAUCUCUGGCUCUUCAUCUGCUGCACAGCGACAGGAACUACUGGAGGCCAGAGAACAAGAGUGUGUCAGACUAAGGAGAGAAGUGAAGGAGCUUAAAAACAUAGUGUCACUGAGACGAGUCCUGACACAAGUUCACCCAUCAGCUUUCACCCCAGAGACGACCUCCUGUCCGUCGCGACCGACGCCAGCAACAGUCACUGGAUUACUGGAGUGUAGGAAGAGAGAUGAAAACAAGCUCAUCAAGAACGUCAUCACAGACAUCCGUGCUGACGGCGCCCUGUCUCUGCCUCCUGGUCUGUCUGCCAGCGUGCUCUUCCUGUGUGUUCGUCAGGCCGACUGCAGCGGAGACCAAACUCAAGCCCGCUCUCUCUGUAGCGCUGCUGUCACGGCUAUGAAGGCAGUUCUGAAGAAACAUAGUAACGAUGUAGAAAUGACAGCUCUGUGGCUGAAAAAUGCUUGCCUGUUUCACGAUCUGUUGACCCAGCACUCCCCAAAAAAGACCCUUGACUCAGAUGAACGGGUUCCACUGUCCACUGAUGUAAGUGACUUGAUCCGAGCCUUGAGUGACCUCUGUAUCCAGGCCUAUCAGCAGCUCCUCUCCAUCACAGAAAAACGUCUUCAGAACAUCAUAGUUCCUGCACUGUUGGAGAGUGAGACCAUCCCAGGCCUGUCUGGCUCUGCCAUAAAGUUGGCAACAUCCAGAAAGCGAGCAGGCUCAGACCCCAGACCCGCAGGAGGCGACACUCCCACUAUGGCGGCGGUGCUGAGGGAGCUGGGAGCCCUUCACGCAGCUCUGUCCCGUCAGGCUCUGCCCCCGUCACACAUGGAGCAGGCCUUCCACCAGCUCACCUACCUCAUCUCUGCCACUGCUCUCAACAGCCUGCUGCUGAGGAAAGACAUGUGCUGCUGGAGUCGCGGCAUGCAAAUACGCUAUAAUGUGAGCCUCCUGGAGGAGUGGCUGCGGAGCCGAGGCCUGCAGGCAGGGGGCGCAGUAGGCACACUGGAGCCCCUCAUCCAGGCAGUUCAGCUGCUGCAGGCGGGGAAAAAGACGGAGGCGGACGCACAGGCCCUUGUUCAGACCUGCACUGCCCUGUCCAGCCAGCAGAUUGUGAAGAUUCUGACCCUGUACACCCCCCACAGUGACCUUGAUGAACGAGUCACACUAAAUUUCAUCCGCACUAUCCAGGGGCUUCUCAAAGGCCGCUCUGACGGUCAGCCGCCGCACCUCCUAAUGGAUGUGAGACGAGUGUUUCCUGUCACAUUUCCCUACUCGCCUCCCCCCGUCCUCCAUGCUGAGCAGUUAGUCAUGCCAGACUCCCUCAAGAUCUCCUUUCUCCGCAGAGUUUAAAAAAUGAAACAGGAUGGCUCCUCGGUAGUGCCUCUUUGCAGCAAAUACAUGAAUGUUAUAGGUACAUGAAUGCCUCAGUACAGUUUGACAAAGGAAGAACGAAUCAAAGUGUUUUUUUGAUAUUUUAUUGGAAGCAGAAACACGAUGAGACUGCAGUCCCAGUAACCUCGACCCCCAAUAAGAACAACCAGAAUAAAAAAAACCCCAAAAAUUAGAAACAUCUCGUGUAUAAAAAAAUUCUCAUGCGAGUACUUUGUACCACUACACAUCAUCAGUAAUACAUAUUUAUAUAUUCACAAACAUUUGAAAAAUAGAAAACAAUAAUGAAAUAUCAAAAUAAAGGAGACGAAAAUUGGCAUCGAACAUCAAAUAAUUAUGCGUGCUGGCACAAUAUACAUUUUUUUUUUGUUUUUGUUUUAUUGUUCCUUUCAUGCACCCUUUCCGGAAGUACGGGACCGGCGUCUGUCUGUGUGGUCUGCUCAGCUAGACAGGACAGAUCAUGCAUGUCUGUUUGCUUUGUGUGUGCUUUUCAUUGUGCUUCUAACGUUUAUCCAGUCCAAUACCC